CGUUGUUAGCUUCUCCCAAUCCAAAAAUCCGCGUGCUCUGCUUGGAAGUGGAAGCGAUGGAGACCAUGGGCGUGCUCGCGAGGACGGCGGCGCCGCUCGCUGGGGCCGGCCGCCGGCACUCCGGAGCGGUGCGGCCGUCGGCGUCCCUCUCCUUCGCCGCCGCCGCUGCUACCAGGUCCCGCGGCCGGCUCGGGGUGGGGGUGUGCGCGCGGAGCGGGAGGUCGGCCGGGGCGCGUCGCGCCGUCCCGCGCGGCAUCGUCGCGUCCGCGGAGGUUGAGCAAAGCUACAUUAUGAUAAAACCUGAUGGUGUUCAGCGUGGCCUGGUUGGGGAGAUCAUUUCUCGCUUUGAGAAGAAAGGCUUUUUGUUGAAGGGCUUAAAGCUUUUCCAGUGCUCCACUGACUUGGCGCAGGAACAUUACCAGGAUUUGAAGGAUAAACCUUUCUUUCCCACUUUGAUCGAUUACAUAACUUCUGGCCCUGUUGUUUGCAUGGCCUGGGAGGGUGUUGGUGUUGUUGCAUCAGCUCGCAAAUUAAUUGGAGCUACUAAUCCCCUUCAAGCUGAACCAGGAACCAUAAGAGGUGAUCUUGCAGUUCAAACAGGAAGGAAUGUUGUCCAUGGAAGUGAUAGUCCUGAUAAUGGCAAGCGUGAAAUCGCUCUGUGGUUCAAAGAAGGCGAGCUCUGCCAAUGGGAAUCAGUUCAAACACCUUGGCUUAUAGAGUAAUCUCUGCUGAUGGCUGUGAGAACUGUAUUAAAUGUGUGUUUUGUUCAACUUUAUUCAUGGGUCCAUGUAUGAGUUUAGUCCGGCUUAGUGGUUUUGCGUUAUCAAGUCCGCAUGUAUUAAUUGAGUAGCUCAUCAGGUCCGCAUUCUCAGUAUCUAGUACCCUUUUACCGGGAUGUUCUUUUUGUAAUAUCGAGCUUCUGAAACCUUUCAUCAGUUGUUCUAGAGAAACUUCUCACAUUCGCAUGUAACAUCUUGCACUAAAUACAGGCAACAAAGUUCCAAGCCUUUUGUUGGCAUUGGUUGUAUUUCA